CGGCCGGAACGGGGAGGGAGCGAGGGAGGGAGAGUGUGUGUCUGUCUGUGUGUGUGUGAGGGGGAGAAUCCGCUGUUACCCGCCGGGAGGAGGCGAUCGGACUACAGGUCCCGUCUGACUCUGCGCUUAAAGGUGCCGCACCGGUAACCGGGCGCAGGGUGAGGAGGGGGGGCGGCCGUUGGUAAGGACCGGGUUGCCUCGGUGCCUUCCGUCAGCGGCCAUCGUCUCCUGACCCCCGCGUUGCCAUCCCGCGUUCCCGCUGCCGGCCUCCCUCCCUCCCUCCCUCAGGGAGAGGUACCGGCAGGCGCCGCUCGGAAGCCGGCCCGCGAAGAGAGGAGGAGGAGGAGGCGGCGGCGGCGCGGGGAGCUGCCCUCCGGCUGCCAUCGCUCCCAGCAUGGUAUGCGAACUGGAGAUGCAGAAACCAUGUAGCAGAAAGCUUUGAGCACUUGUGGAUUAUCAGUUUCUUCCAACAGCAGUAAAAAGUGAAGAAUGAAGGUGACUGGAUUUAUUUCCCUAUGGACGUUGGUUUCACUGCCUUGUGGUCAGUUAGCAAAUCCUGCAGAACAUGAAGAUGUAGUAAAGCAUGCAAUAAAGCUGCACCGUGGGAAAGGAGCUGUUAUCACUCAGAGAAAGCAGUGGGUGUUGGAGAGCUGCAGAAAACUAUCUGGUCUUCUUCGCCAAAAGAACGUUGUUCUCAACAAAUUAAAAAAUGCUAUAAGAGCAGUUGAGAAGGAUGCAGGACUGUCAGAUGAAGAGAAACUUUUUCAGGUGCAUACCUUUGAAAUUUUCCAAAAGGAGCUAAAUGAAAGUGAAAACUCAGUCUUUCAAGCAAUCCAUGGCCUCCAGAGAGCUCUACAGGGUGAUUACAAAGAUGUUGUAAAUAUGAAAGAAAGCAGCAGACAGAGACUGGAAGCCUUGAGAGAAGCUGCAAUUAAGGAAGAAAUGGAAUACGUUGAACUCUUAGCAGCAGAAAAACACCAGGUUGAAGCCCUUAAGAACAUGCAGCAUCAAAACAAAAGCCUGUCAAUGCUUGAUGAAAUUCUAGAAGAUGUCAGGAAGGCGGCUGAUAGAUUGGAAGAGGAAAUAGAAGAGCAUGCCUUUGAUGACAACAAAUCUACUUGGCAAUGGACACCUCAUUCUGGAAUGCAAAAUAGCCUGGUAAGAGGUGUAAACUUUGAAGCAGUUUUAAGGGUGGAAGAAGAUGAAGCCAACUCCAAAAGAAAUGCUUCAAAAAGAGAAGUAGAGGAUGAUUUAGGUCUUAGUAUGCUUAUUGAUUCCCAGAACAAUCAGUAUAUCCUUACCAAGCCCAGAGAUUCAACCAUUCCUCGUGCUGAUCAUCAUUUCAUAAAGGAUAUUGUGACAAUAGGAAUGUUGUCUUUGCCAUGUGGCUGGCUAUGCACAACAAUAGGAUUGCCAACCAUGUUUGGGUAUAUCAUCUGUGGAGUACUCUUAGGACCAUCAGGACUAAAUAGUAUCAAGUCUAUUGUACAGGUGGAGACGUUAGGAGAGUUUGGUGUAUUCUUCACUCUCUUUCUAGUUGGUCUGGAAUUUUCUCCUGAAAGAUUAAGAAAGGUAUGGAAAAUAUCUUUGCAAGGACCCUGCUACAUGACGGUUCUGAUGAUUGCCUUUGGUUUACUAUGGGGACACUUGCUCCAAAUUAGACCAACACAAAGUGUCUUCAUUUCCACUUGUUUAUCUUUAUCAAGCACACCACUGGUGUCAAGAUUUCUUGCAGGUAGUGUUCGAGGUGAUAAAGAAGGGGAUAUUGACUACAGCAGUGUACUACUUGGCAUGUUGGUGAUGCAGGAUGUGCAGCUUGGUUUAUUUAUAGCUGUCAUGCCUACACUUAUUCAAGCAGGAGUGAGCACGUAUUCCAGCGUUUUCAAGGAAAUACUGAGAAUACUGAUACUGAUUGGCCAAAUUCUCUUUUCUCUGGCUGCUGUUUUUCUUAUAUGUCUUGUUAUAAAGACUUAUCUCAUAGGACCGUAUUAUCGCAAGUUGCAUGGAGAAAGCAAAGGGAAUAAAGAAAUCCUCAUUCUAGGAAUAACUGCAUUCAUCUUCCUUAUGUUAACGAUCACAGAGCUGUUGGAUGUUUCAAUGGAGCUGGGAUGCUUCUUAGCCGGAGCUCUGAUCUCUUCUCAGGGUCACAUGGUUACUGAGGAGAUUAUGUCCUGUAUUGAACCAAUACGUGACUUUCUUGCCAUCAUUUUCUUUGCAUCCAUAGUUAGGAAAAUGUGAUCUGUGUGUUCUCAACGCAGGGAAAAAAUAAUUGAACAAGAUGUAUCUUGGAGACUACCUGAAUGCCAACUGAAAUGCAGCAUUGAUGCCUAAGUCCAGGAGAGUAACUCAUCAUGCUUGCUACCCAAAACAAGUUCACUCUGAGAAUAUUUACAGUUAACCAGUAGCUUCAUUUUGAACUGCUACAUGCUCUAGCUGUCCAUGCAUGCCCCCGUACGCUUUCACUAAAGGAAACUGAGGCACAUUACUGAAGUGCUUAGGUACAGUGAAUGAGGAGACAGGCCCUGUGAAAGCACUUGCCUCUCCUUGUGGAUUGUAUAGGAGAUGUGUGUCCUAUUUUGGGGGGCAUUGCAAGGUCUAAAAUAGGGGUUUGAAUGUGGCCCGUUGCACAAAUCCAACCUCCUUCAACCAACGCUUACUCAGAAAUCCUUAGGGUUUGGUUGUGUUUUUUUUCAAGACCACCCUUGGCUUUUCUUCUGGUUUUAUUUUAAGUUUUCUAUUGUUCUUUUUAUCGCCGUAUAUUUAUUCAGAUAAUAGUGAAGUCCCAUCAUCAGCAUAAUUUUAAUGCUUUUCCUUGUAUACCUGUUUGAUACCCAUUGUUUCAUAACAGAAACUAAAACUGUUUCUGGUGGUUAUCAAAAUAAAAAGGAAGUAGUUAUGCUUGCCAGUCUUGAUUUUUGUUUUACCCAGCCCAUGAUAAUAGAUUGUGCUGAUCAGAUUGCUUAGUAAUAGGUAUGUUUAUUUGAAUAACUUAUUUUUUAAUAAAGGGAGGAAAGUGGUGAGCUAUGGUAAAACUCUUGGGCCCAUAUAACUGACAAGGUUGGAUGAGUAAUUGCUAAAUGCUCACAGGUAAGUUGUUUAUGUGUUUUAGUAAAGAUGGUGAUGGAGCAGAUAGUGUUACCAGGGUUACAAAGCAUGACAAGUAAUUGUAAGCCCAAAGUUAAUUUUACAAGGGACUGAACAAAAAUACUGCCCUACACUCUUGUGACUGCAUAAAUUAAGACUAGAGAGAAGACUUCAGUACAGUACUGGAAAACAGCAAGACCUCAGUUGGCAUGCUGGAAGCACUCCAUAUAGCUUAUGUUAUACUGUAAGGAAAUUAUUUUGGUAGUUCUGUUACAGAAUUAAAAAAAAAAAUCUUUUUAACUGUUGUUACCAUUAUAAUUGCAAGAAGGGAAAGAAAAGAAAAUUGCCUCACAAGUUUGUAUGGUUUUACAGAAAAUGGAUGUUAUUCCUUCCUCAGAAGAAAGUUAGCUAAAAAUCAGAAAAAUGAGCUAUGUUAUAGGCCUCUGACAAAAUGUGACAAUGCUUGCUUGUAAAAAAAAAACCCAAAAAACCAAAUAAAACCAAACCAAAACACCCUACAAAAACCAAAGACACCCCCCUUCCCCCCCAAAUAAACGUUAUCCCCCCUUCCCCCUUUACUUUCAAUUACUUUCAGAUGCUGUGGUUAACAGGCAUUUCUGUGGGGUGGCAAGGAGGUAGGUUUUAAAACGAGUGAUGUGAUGUUGCAAACAAAACCUGAGUAAGAUAAAAAGUAUUCCUUAAACUUUUAAAAAAGAAAUCUAGUAAGAAAAGGCUUCUUGCUUGCUCUCUACUUAUAGAUCUACAAAUGCAAAUGUUAUGUAUCUAUAAAUACAUAGAGAUUUACUACAUGAAAUUAUGUAAAAGCCACAGGGAAAGAGUCUCUCCCCCUGCCUAAAGAGAAGGCUUGUUGCUAUAUGCAGCAAGCACCCUAUUAUAGAGAGCAGAAGCGCUUGAGAUCCAGAGGUGGGAUCGUACACCACUGCAGUAAUAACAUUUCCAUUCCUUUUAGAAUAAAGGAAUAAAUAGAAAAAUUUUACUUAACUGAAAAGUGACUGUAAAUAUGUCAUUUGCAAAAGUUAGUUCCUAUUUUGCUUGUCUUAAAUGCCUGCUUUUCUGUUCUCACUACAGAAAUCCUUCUGGUGUCUAAAAGCUGAGCUGUGAAUAGUACUUGUUUGUGUAAUAUCUGUAACAGUGCUCCUGCCCUUAGCUUGACCUGUGUAAUGCUACUGCUUUCAGAUUUGCACAUGGGUGCAUUUGGUGGAGUAACACACCUUUGCAGUUAGGCAUUAACAGCUGCACUUUGAGUUACUCUCCAUCUGUACAUUCAUUUAGGCCUGUGUGUGUUCUUCAAGGUUUCUGGCUCUAUGCUACCUGCUGAGGUUAGAAAGUUCCUGUUAGUCCCUGUCCUCACUAAUCUUUUUGAGAGAACAUGUGGACCAAUCCCUUACAGCCACAUUUUGAGAACUUCCUUUCUCAUUUCUGUUCUGGUACCUAGUACUUGGAUCCUUCCCUUUCCACCUCUGCAUCAUUCGAUUUUGUUUUGAUUGCUUUUUAGAAAGAUGGAAGGCAUCUUUGCAUAGACUGUUUGACUUUUUUUUUUUUUUUUAAAGGCCCCAAUAUCCCAUUUUUUGUCAGUCUACAAGACAUACGGAGUUUGAAAUUGGGCAUCAGGACCCUGUCUGCCACUGGUGAGGAGGCAGAUUACUUCCACGGACUGACAAAGUUGUGUGUCUUCAAUGUGCUGUACAGAUGUACUCACUUGCCAGGCUCCAGGUUUUCCUUUUGGGUAAAUCUUGCGGUCAGUGUUAGACCUUGAAUGCAAGAUGCUAAAAACCCUUUAACAGUGCGGACUUUUUCUUCAGAAGAUGGGUGAUGAUGACACUGUCAGCACCACCACCGUCCAGAACAAACACGCACACAGUGUUUCUCUGAUGGGCCUCUUAACAUUUCUGUUGAAUUUGAGAGAAAUCAAAGGAAGAUCCCAACUGGAAUUUAUUAGGUGACAUAUAUCCCCUUCUCUGUCUCCAUCCAGGACUACUGCUUUGUUGUCCUGCAUGGAACACAAUGAAACUUGGAGGUUUCGAGCUCUCAGAACUGACACUAGAAUCAAGAGGACUUUCCCCUUUGCAGAAAGGUGGAGAUGAAUGUUGGUUUUCCCCUCUGCUACUUAACGAUCUAGCCAGGGCUGUAGCAUUUAUUGCAUUUGCUAGCUGUGAUCUUAGGCUCAUUAAGACUCUUUGUAGAUAGAGCAUCCCAAUGCAGCGCUAAUGUGAUUUUUCUGAGCAAUGUCCUGUCUUGCGGACGUGUCAGAAUUGACUCUACUGGCUCCAAUUUGACCCACAGAGUUCUGGUUUCUGUAAUCUUGUUUGCUGUCAAGAAUCUCCAAGAUUCCUUUUCUUGAUGCUGGAUCUUCCAGGAUGUGGCCAUGACAUUUGGAUCUUCACGUGCUAUUUAGCAACCCUCCAGCAGAUUGGUGGAAUCUGUCUGAUGAGGGGGGAGAGGGAGUUGACUUGGUAAGAAAAAAGUACUUAUAAAAAGGUUGUGCAAAAUCUUGCCUGUAAUCAUCCACAGAAGAACUCAAACCACCAACUUACAUGAGUGAACUGUGCUUUUUGGCUUGACAUUGAUGCAAGGUCACUUUCACCUCAAGGCCUCCAUUCCAGGUAUUCCGGAACACUGCUUAGAAUUGAAGUCUGGUGGCUUAUGCUCAGCUCUGUGAAAAUGUACCUAAGUGAUAUCCUAGCUGUUGGUGACAGGCCAACAUGUCACUUGCUACCUGAUGAUGGUGCUGAAGUUCUUGAAUUAUUUGAUUGAAGCGUUUCUUCCAUUUUAGAGAACAAGUCCAUAGUGACUCCUGAGCUUAGUCACAAAGCCUGAUUAAAACCACUGAAAUAAAUGCCCAUAUUCAUGCACCUUUUGUCUGUGAAGUUAAUCUCUCUGAUGACGUUCGUGUUGUCAGGAAGGCUUCAUGUGCUUGUACAGCAGUCUGAUAUGACUUCUGGCCUUAUCCUAAGUUUUCAUCUAGGGCUGGGGCAAAGGUCUGUAAUGACCAUGAAAUCCACUGUGGUGGGAUCUGUUUUCCCCAAAACAUGUCUGUGUGCUGGGAUGUUUAUUUGUUUGCUCAGAAUAGUGUAUGUAACAGGUUGAGGCUUGCUUCACCUCGCAGACGCUUACCUCCAUGGGAUUGGUAUCGAAAUCUGCGGUAGUUUGUGCCUCAGCUCUUUGGAAUAUGGUAAUAAUCUCUACGUUGGGCAGCAGUUCAAAUGGACUUCAGACUGCCUGUCUGCUCCAGAACUGAAAAGGUAGCUCUGCCAGUAGUGAUGAGAGCACUAGGCUAUAUUUAUAGCCUCCCUCUGAAAUCUUCAGUUCCAGAUGUGGCAGAGCUGGCCCUUUCAUCAAACAUGAUAUUGUUACAGGCUGUAUUUCUCUAGUUGCUUUUCAUGUACGUUUCUGAGACCGGCCUAAAGGUAAAUGAGCAAUGUGCACAUGAUACACAGUAAAAAAGAGAGAGAAGCUACUUGCCCCUCCAUGUGCAUGUGUGCACAUGUUUGGAUUUCUGUUUUUGGUGUGGUGUUUGCCUCUCUUACUCUGCCAUCUCUCCCCUUAUUCUGAUAGUCUUUUGCAUUUGUGCUUCAGUAGUUGGAAGGAAAUUAAGAAAUAAAACACAGUGCGUACAUGCUGACUGGGUAGUACUUGCAUAAAAAUCUCUGAUGUACUUAGAAGUACAUUUCCAUCCACAGUGGGAUGUGUAUAUGGACAAAAUAUUGUGAAGUUACUGUAAGUAACUUGUCUUGUGCACUCAGGAAGAGAAGAUGACUCUUAGUUCUCUACAGUUCUUCUGGCUCUGCAGCACUCUGCGGCAGGGAAAAUGAGUGAAAACUUGUCUUGCAUUAAAAUAAGAAAUUACAGCAUCGAUUUACAUGCCUCAUGCUUUAGAAAGCUAAACUCUUGUCCUUCACCAGAAAUAACUGGGUUGAAGAACUGCCAACUAUUCUGGAUUUAUCAGGGACACCACCACUAUUUUGGUUCCUCUUUUUAAGAGCUUCUAUGAAAAAGGAAUAAGCUUCCAAAGAUACACAGUUAAUGUUUGUCUGCACAAGUUCCUUAUACCCUAGGAGGAAAAAAUGCACUUAGUCAGCUGUGAGUAAGAUUCUUCCUCAGUGACUCCAGGACUUCUCCAACAAAUAUUUUUUCUUACAUUUAAUAUUAGCAGGAUUUAGUUUUAAAUUUCUGUGCUCUUUAUGGUUCUUGUUAUCUUGCUUCAUAUAAUUACCAAAUUAAAAUGACA